AUGGGUUAUCAACAAGACCCCGAGUCCAAAGCCGUCGAGGCUCCCAACGUCUCCGACACUUCCCCAGGAGUCCUCAUCGACCACAACUCCGUCGAUAAUGAAUAUGGUCGAACCGUCCGUGGUCUCUCCCCUCGACAUGUCCAACUCAUGGCCAUCGGUGGCUCCAUCGGUACCGGUCUCUUUGUUGGUAUCGGUGGCGUUCUGUCUAAAGCCGGUCCUCUCUCUGUCGUUCUUGGAUACUUGAUCUGGGGUGUCUUUUUCGUCUGGCCCUGUAACUUGUGUGUUGCAGAGAUGUGCUCUUAUCUUCCUAUCCGUGGUUCCAUCUUUGAACUUGCUGCUCGUUUCGUCGACCCUGCGCUUGGUUUCGCUAUGGGAUGGACAUAUUUCUACGCCGGUCUAAUGCUUGUUUGUGUCGAAUACAGUGCUGUCGCGACAUUAAUGCAGUAUUGGGUACCCGAUAUAAAUCCUGCGGCUUGGGUUGCGAUGGCAAUGGUUAUCUGUGUCCUGCUCAACGUUGUUGCUGUCAAGUACUACGGUGAAGCCGAGUUCAUCAUGGCCUCUCUCAAAGUCAUCCUUCUGUUCGGUCUUCUCUUCAUCACACUCAUCACCAUGUGCGGAGGCAACCCCAAGAACGAUGCUUACGGAUUCCGCUACUGGAAGGGUGGCAAGGCCAUGAUACCUUAUCAUGCAGAGGGAGAUCUUGGUCGCUUCUGUGGCUGGUGGAAGGUUAUCCUCUAUGCUGGCUUCACCAUUGCUGGUCCUGAUAUGAUCUCUCUGUCUUCUGGCGAGAUUGCUAACCCUCGACGAACCAUCCCCCGAGUUGCCAAGCUUAUCUUCUACCGACUUGUCGGUUUCUACGUUCUUGGAGUUUUGGCUGUCGGAAUCAUCUGCAGUUCUGAUGACAAGCGUCUUCUUGGUGCCAUCGAGGACAGCGCUGCUGGAGCUGCUGCUUCUCCCUGGGUUAUUGGCAUUGAGAACCUUGGUAUCCGCGGCCUCCCCGAUCUCAUCAACUUCCUCAUCCUCACUUCCGGUCUCUCUUGCGGUAACGCCUACCUUUACUCGUCCUCUCGAACUCUCUACGGUCUCGCCCGCGAUGGUCAGGCCCCCGCUUUCCUCAUGAAGUGCAACAAAGCGGGUGUCCCCAUGUACGCUGUCCUCGUUGUCAGUCUCCUCAGCUGCAUCACCUUCCUUGUCGCCGGCGAAUCCUCCGUCACUGUCUUCUUCUGGUUCGUCGACCUGACCACCACCGGUCUCAUCGCCACAUACACCAUGAUGAUCGUCGUCUUCGUCGGCUGGUACCGUGCUCGUAAGGCUCAGGGUCUCGAUAACUCUGCUCUUCACUACGUUGCGCCUUUCAACCCCUAUGCUGCCUACAUUGGUCUGUUCUUGGGUACUGUUGCCCUCAUCUUCAUUGGUUUCGACAAGUUUGAGCCCUGGAGCACUCAGGGCUUUGUUACCAGCUACUUCUGCCACGGAUAUGCCGUCUUCCUGUUUGUUGCCUGGAAGCUUAUCAAGAAGACCAAGUUCGUCAGCCCUGAGAGUGCGGAUCUUGUCAGUGGAAAGAAGGAGGUUGAUGAGGAGUGCAAGCAUUGGGAGGAGGGUGGUAUCGAGGAGAACUACAAGCGGGAGUUGGCUGCUAUGCCUUUCUGGAAGAGGUGCUGGGAGCGUCUUUGGUAA